AGAAUCCCUAUUUAUAUACUUUAUAAUAAAUAAUUGAUUGAAAUGAUAUAAACCCUGUUUUUAAUAAUGGUCAUGGCAAUGCGUUGUAAAUAUCCAGCAGGUAAAACAUCAUUCAAAGGUUGUGUUAAAUAUGUACAAACAAUGUCCCAAAAACCAAUUCCAGAUUCCUUAAAGAAAGUUGUCCCUGAUUCAAACCCAGUAACAACUCAAGAUGUUAAUCGCUUGUAUGAUUUUUUUGCCAGAAGUAAAAAGCUUGUUGUUUUGACUGGGGCAGGGGUAAGCACAGAGUGUGGAAUUCCUGAUUAUCGAAGCCCCCAUGGAGCUUACAGUACUGGUUACAAGCCAAUGCAACAUCAGGACUUUAUUUCUUCUGGUCAAGUACGGAACCGGUAUUGGGUUAAGAGUUAUCCAUUAUGGAUGAAGUUCCAUGAAGCUAAACCUGGUCCUGCUCAUACUGCAUUAGCAUCUCUAGAAAAAGCCAACAGAAUAAGCUUUAUGAUUACACAAAACAUUGAUAGAUUGCACCAUCUCGCUGGUAGCAACCCACUUGAGCUACACGGGACAGUGCAUUUCGUCACUUGUUUGGAUUGUGGUUUUUCGUUUCCACGGGAGUCAUUUCAAGAUAUAGUGAGGUUACUAAAUCCAAAGUGGACUGCAGCAAUAGAAAGUCUGGAUUCUGGCAGCAAUCCGGAUCAAAGCUCUGGGAUGAAGCGGAGGCCUAAUGGUGAUAUUGAAGUUGAUGAAAGUUUCUGGGACGAUUUGAAUGUACCCACUUGCUCAAAAUGUGAUGGAGUACUAAAGCCUGAUGUUGUAUUUUUUGGUGAUAAUAUACCCAUGGAUAAAGUUGAUAUGGCUAUGGACGCUGCUGAAGGAUGUGAUGCUUUCCUUGUUCUUGGUUCGUCGCUGGAGACCAUGCUUCCAACCUAUCUUGUCCAAAUGGCUCAUGAGGCUGGUGCUUCUACAGCAAUCAUAAAUAUAGGCAAGACCCCAGUUGAUGAAUUUGUAAAUUUGAAGAUCAACGCAAGGCUAGGAGAGAUACUACCACAACUGCUCAAAACUGACUUGCUCGGCGUUCCUGCUAGCUGAGACUUUAUAUGCAUCACAUUGACUUUAUCAUCUUCUCUUAACAGGUUCUUGCAGAUACUUAAAAUUUCUAGUUAAGGGCACACGGUAUUUGCUUCUCGUAUUCAUAAGAUAUCGUGUAUAUUCGGGAUCUUACUAUUGCCUUAACGUUAUGUAAGGUAUUUGUUUCUCUUGUUCAUGUGUUUGACCAUAUGUGAGCAAAAGUAAAUAAUUUUGAUCGUUCGUUGAACACUUGAAGCUGAAUUUUGUAUUUUAAACUUUAGAAAUCAUUAUUAUUAAACAUUUCA